CUCAUCUCUGAGCUAUUUGAAUGAAGCCAAGGCUCAGGUAACAUCUUCAGAAAGACCCACACACACAAGAGGCUCUUGGGCCUUCUGAACACAGGAAGCCUGCAUAAUGGUGCAAAAAGAACAACGUCAAGGUAGAGAGAAAGCAGUAUGGUGGCCCCAAGUGAAGAUCUGGUCUGUUGCUGUGAUUUCCAUAGCACUCCUUAGUGCUUGUUUCAUUGUGAGUUGUGUGGUGACUUAUGAUUUUACAUAUGUCAAAACUAACAAGAGGCUGUCUGAAUUACACACCUAUCAUUCAGGUCUAACCUGCUUCAGUGAAGAGACAAGGGCGACAGAAAAAGUCUGGGGAUGUUGCCCAAGUACUUGGAAAUAUUUUGGUUCCAGCUGCUACUUUAUUUCUAAUGAACAGACUUUUUGGACUAAAAGUGAGCAGAACUGUGUUGUGAUGGGGGCUCAUUUGGUGGUGAUCAACACAAAAGCGGAGCAGAAUUUCAUUGUUCAGCACCUGAAUAAAUCACUUUCUUAUUUUCUGGGACUCUCAGAUCCACAAAAAAAUAACAAUUGGCAAUGGAUUGAUCACACACCUUAUGCAGAAAAUUUCAGAUUAUGGCACCAGGGUGAGCCCAAUUUAUCUGAAGAGGAUUGUGCUUCAUUAGUUUUCUGGAGUCCUGGAGGAUGGGGCUGGAAUGAUGUUUUCUGUAAUUCUCAAAGACAUUCAAUAUGUGAGAUGAAGAAGGUUAAUCUAUGAGUGGAACUCUAUUCACUGUCACAUUUCAGUGGAGACCUAUCAUAAAAUGAUAAUUUCCUCUUGAAAUUUAUGUAUAAUUCUUAUCACAGAGGUUCAUGGAAAUAUCCAGAUACCUUACUUCCUUCAAUCAUUCCUCUUAUAGUUUCCUCCUUUCCACUAUCAGUAGGGUGAGCUGUUCCUUCGGGGUAUUUUUCUUUAAUUUGUUAUGCAUUCUUUACUUUAUUCAUUUUUCAUUUUAUAAACAUUCCUUGGGCAAGAGAUGGCAAUAUUUUGUCUAUCAGAUGAUUUUUCAGGAGGUCACUAUUGAAAAUUAAGGUGGACUUUUCUCAAAAUCCCAUUGAUAAAUUUUUUUGGUCAAAAUAGUAACUGGGACUACAAUCACCUGGAGGCCAGGCAAGAGCUGAAGGAUCUGAUGCUUAGAUGUCUCACUAACAUGGCUGUAAAUUUGCUACUGGCUUUUGCCUGAAGGCCUCAGAUCCUCACCAUAGGGAACUCUCCAUAGGGUUUCUUGAGUGAUUCCACAAUAUGGUGACAGGUUUCCACCAGAGCAAGUAAUCCAAGAGAGAAAGUGAAAAUAGCAAUGUCUUUUGUGAAUGACUUGAACUUCGGGUACAUUCUAUUGGUCACAUAGACCAAACCUAACAUCCUAAAGAAGUGGAUUAACCAAAGGCAUAAAGAGCAGAAGAUGAAAAUCACUGAGGUCUAUAUUGUAGAUUGGCUACCAUAGCAGAAUUUCUAUAAAAAGAUACAAAAUAUGUGUAGCAAGAAGGAAAAU